GAGAUGCACAGUGCAGGCGUACAAUCAUGAGCAGCUUACGACACUCAGUGAGCACUAGGUGCCUCUGCAUGCUUUAGCAACAUACUGCUCAGCUGAAGGGAAGGGAUUCUUGCUGUCUCUCUCUCUGCUCUAAGCAUCACCUAACAAGCAAAGCGAACAAAGAAUGGGAAAUAAAGCUAUCCUUAGCCGGUCAGUGAGUGAAUUGUAAUCUGUCUCUGUGGAGUAAAGGUUGUGCCGGUCAAUGGUCGUUUCAAAUGAUGGACAUUAAAGAGAUUGUCAAAUCCUGUGGAGUCGUUAGUAAAGAGUUUGGAGUUUUUUUCACAACGUCACAGUAUUAACUGCAGAGAAAAGGACAGAGAGAGAGAGAAAGAGAAGAUCAAGCUCAUGCACAUAGUUCUGAAACUUGCACGUCCUAGAAGUCAGCUAAAAAGCUAGCUGGACAUCCCUUUAGCUCUUUGAGCAGAAGCAAAAUAAGACAUUGUGAGCCUGCCAGCUUUGCACAAAAUUGAAAGGGACUGAAUUUGUAGCACAGAGAGGUCUUUUUAAGUUCUGCAUAUAAUUAGUCCAAACACAAAGGAAGCAACUGAAUGGAGGUUGUCACUCUCUGGAAAAGGGUGGGUAAGACACUUUUUAAUUAAAUUCUUUCAUGAAGAAAGAUUUUUUUUUCUUUGCUGCAGCAUCUAACAUGAACAAAAUCAACAUCUUUUUACCUGUGAAUGUCUGUGAACUUUAAUGCUGCACAGCUCCUGCAUGCUGUAAAGUGAAAUAUUUGCCUGUGUCUUUUUUUCCCCCCUGAAAUAAAAUAUGAUGUAGAAUUUGAAAAGAUUUCAAUGGACAUUCUCAAGCAUAUUUGGAAAUAUUCUUGCUAAUGGAUUUCCUUCUUAUUGGUCUCUGUUUAAACUGGUUGCUGAGGAAGCCCCCAGGGUUGAUAUUGUGUACACUGGGUGUCUUUUUAAAAAUGCUUCCAGCCGUGAAUAGUGGGUGUCCACAGCUAUGUCGGUGUGAGGGCAGGCUUUUGUACUGUGAGUCAUUGAAUCUUACAGAGAUGCCUCGCAACCUGUCGGGCAUGAUGGGCUUGUCUCUGCGGUACAACAGCCUUUCAGAGCUACAUGAUGGACAGUUCACAGGGUUAAUGCAGCUCACGUGGCUCUAUCUGGAUCACAAUCACAUUUGCUCAGUGGAGGGGAAUACCUUUCAAAAAUUGCGGAGAGUUAAAGAACUCACUCUGAGUUCCAACAAAAUCACCCAACUGCCCAAUACUACUUUCCGACCGAUGCCAAACUUGCGUAGCGUGGAUUUAUCAUAUAAUAACCUGCAGUCUUUGGAACCAGAUCUGUUUCAUGGGCUGAGAAAACUAACAACUUUGCACAUGCGGUCAAACGCCAUCAAGUUUGUGCCAGUGAGAAUUUUUCAGGACUGUCGCAGCCUGAAGUUUCUAGACAUAGGAUACAAUCAGUUGAAAAGCCUGGCUCGAAACUCUUUUGCAGGCUUGUUUAAACUCACUGAACUACACCUUGAGCACAAUGAUUUGGUGAAGGUGAAUUUAGCCCAUUUUCCAAGGCUCAUUUCACUGCAUUCUCUCUGCCUACGAAGGAAUAAAGUCACUAUUGUAGUCAAUUCCUUGGACUGGAUAUGGAAAUUGGAAAAAAUGGAUCUCUCUGGCAAUGAGAUUGAAUACAUUGAACCUCAUGUUUUCGAAAGUGUACCUCACCUCCAAUCACUGCAGCUGGAUUCCAACCAGCUAACCUACAUUGAUCCUAGAAUCCUCAACUCCUGGAAAUCACUCACUAGCAUCAGCCUUUCUGCAAACAUCUGGGAUUGCAGCCGUAACGUUUGCGCCUUGGCCUCCUGGCUAAGUAACUUUAAAGGUCGCUAUGACAGCAAUCUGCUCUGUGCCACCCCUGAAUAUGCACAGGGAGAGGAUGUUUUAGAUGCAGUGUAUGCUUUUCACUUAUGCGAAGAUGCAGAAGACCCAACAAGUGUUAACAUGCUAUCAGCAGUAACAAACAACAGUGACCAAAUGUUCACUUAUAGCCCUGCCACAAUAAUAUAUGAUGUGCAGGAUACUGAAGGAGAAAGAACAACAAAUGCCAUAACGGUAACUAUCCCCAAUGAAAACACUGAGAAUGCUGUUCAAAUUCACAAGGUGGUGACAGGGACCAUGGCACUGAUUUUCUCUUUCCUCAUAGUGGUUUUAGUGUUGUAUGUCUCCUGGAAGUGUUUUCCAGCCAGCCUAAGGCAACUCAGACAGUGCUUUGUGACACAGCGCAGAAAGCAGAAGCAGAAACAAACCAUGCAUCAAAUGGCUGCCAUGUCAGCCCAGGAGUAUUAUGUUGAUUACAAACCCAACCACAUUGAAGGAGCCCUGGUGAUCAUUAAUGAAUAUGGAUCUUGUUCCUGUCACCAGCAGCCAGCAAGGGAAUGUGAGGUGUGAUUUUCUGUGGGGAUUUAAACAGUGUGCAACCAAAUAACAAUGGGCAGACAGUUGGAUGGGGGUUUACUGUGCUUUUCUGAUAAUUUCUGAUGCACUUCUUUGCUGAAAUUGUAAGAGGAUCUGUCUAAAAGACUUGAUAUGUUAGCUUUAUUGUGUCUUAAAAUCUUCAGGACAGUCAGUCCUAACAUUUCAUAUGAUAAUAUUCCCUUUGAAGAUCUGACAAUAUUCAGGAAUCCGAGAGUGUAAAAAGGUACCAAUUAUUGAUUGAUUUUUUUUGUAAACUACAAAAAUGUUUAAAAUAAAAAAAAUAGCAUUUACAGUU